GUGACCUUUGCCCCAUAAUAUUCUUGACUUUGCGAAACAUCGCAAUAUUUUGCGGUUUCUCGUCGCAUUUCUGGAUGGUUUGGUCGAUAAUAUUCAGCUGUCAACCCUAUUUUCAGUCAGGGUGUACGUAUUCCGUCACAGGAUCAUUCUUCAGAAACUUUCGUGCCCCAUAAAUCGUUGUUGUGACAUUUUGGUGGUUCGAAGUAGACGCUAACGUGACGCCCCUCCCCCUUUUUGGUGUGUGUAUGCAUGCAGUGUUACAAGUGUGUGUUAUAGGCAAAAAGGAAUCGCCAUGGCGGAAUUCGGAGCUCAUCUAACCACUGCAGGGACGGAGGGAGAAGAGAAGCCAUCGAUCUUCGAAGUCUUGGCGCAGGAGAGCUUGAUGACUGCCGUGCGACCGGCUGCGAAACACGCCAGUAAGAUUCUUGCGGAGAGGAACCCUGCUCGCUACGGGUGGCUGUACAGGUUCAAUGAUGAGAUCUACACUCUGCUAGACACUCUACUUCAACAUCAUUACCUUAAAACAUACAGUGCCUCAUUUGCAGAGAACUUCUAUGGUCUCAAGAGAACACCAAUUCACGGAGGUGAACUUCGGAACCAGCAUCGACUGAAAUCUCUUGCAUUCCUCACUCUUUUGCCGUAUCUCAAACUCAAACUUGACCAGAAGUUUGAAACACUACAAGAGGAGGAGGCAGACACAGGGGGUAUCAUCAGUGAUGCCAUCCAAGAACAAUCCUUGUGGAAGAAACUGGAAAGAGCAUUCCGUCUUGUUUAUCCUUACAUUCAUAUGGGAUGGGAAAGUGCAAUGUUGUACUACCAGUUUGCUUACAUCUUUGACAAGAGUCAAUACCACUCACCUUUGUUACGCCUAGCAGGGGUGAAGUUGUGCAAUCUUAGUGCAGAUGACAUACAGAUACAGCAGAGUAAAGGGGCACUGGAGACACUGGCGGGUGGGGGUGCUUCUAAUCAGGGCAUUGCAGGGUUGCUCGGCAAGGCAGCAGCAUUCACCGCUGUUUCAGUUUCCAGUGCCCUUUCUGUGGGUGUGUUUUUCCUACAGUUUUUGGAGUGGUGGUAUUCGGAGGAGAAUCAGACCACCGCACGUGCCGUAUCGUCACUGCCAGCCCCUCCACCCCCCUUGGUGACCCAUGAUGGUACAGCCCCCCGUUUCCACCCUGCAGUUUGCCCUAUAUGUGGACGCGUGCGAACUAACGACACAGCGUUAUCCACAUCAGGUCACGUGUACUGUUAUCCGUGUAUUUACAACUUUGUACAAAAACACAGAAGAUGUCCGAUCACUGGUUACCCUUCUGCUGUAGACCAUCUCAUCAAGCUGUACCUACCAGAUUGAUGUUGUUGACAGAAUAUGUCAUUCUUGUUGUUGUCCUUGUUUAAUUUCUAUAAUUUUGUUGUUUGUUGACACAAUAUAAGAUGUUGUUGUUAUAGAAAAGAUUGCUAAAAUUUACUUCCAACACUGUAAUAACUAUAGGGACUUACCCCUCUAAAUUGCUGCUUAAAUUCAUGCUAAAAUGUUGUCGUUGUUGUCCUUGUUUAAUGUCUAUAAUUUUGCAAGACUUGGUCUGUAGAUGGUAGGCUACUUGGUACAAGGUUAAACAAGAAGCCAUGCUGCUCAUCACACAAAAUGCAAUCAUGCAUUAUGAAGAAAGAGUCAUUUUGAAGGACAUAUAUAUAUGGCGGUCAAUAUUGACCAUGGUAAAAUCCUAAUUGAUUGAAGGACAGUAGACAUAUGAAGAACAACAGACAUCUGAUCAUUGGAUAUUACUGCACUGUUUUCUCAGGACUGUGUGCAUGUGCAACCCAUGAAUGUGCAAUCAUAGCAAAUUGGGUUUUAUAACAGAUGAUAAAUAAGCUUUGCAAUGACAUAUAACCAUACUUUUUUGUUGAUUUGUUUGUAUCUUCUUUGUCAUCAGGGCUAGCCCUUUGUAAUAGUCAAAGGCUAGUUGGGCAGCCCUGGCUGUAAAACCAACAGAUAGAAAUACAAAACAAAUGAUCAGAAAAAUAAUUCAAACAAUUUCAACAAAAAUGUUUAACGUGUUUACACUGUCCCCAUAUUAACGUCUGUUUAGGUCUUAAGAGCCUUAGCCCAUGACCUUGUCUAUAACCCAGGCGUUGCAGUAUCAUCAAUAAAUUUAUCAUUAAAUGUAAUAUCUGUCUUAUUGCCGUGAAAUACGAAAAGAUGGACCAAACUGCACAGCUGGAAUAAAAACCGAAUUGUUUUUUAAGCGUCUGUGUCAGAACUUAUUACAUUACAGUGCAAAAUAUUAUCUCAUGUUAAGACAAUCGAUCUUCUUGUACUAUUCUAGACAAUGAGUAUGUACAUUAAAUAGUUACUAUGGCAUAUGGUAUGGUUUAACGAUUCCUGUACAUGUGUAUUGUCAGGCAUAUCAUCGUCCACUCUUCAGCAUUAAGCUGCUAGAAAAGCCUUAUGGAAGCAUACUUCUAAGAUAGAGAAUGGUAAACAUAGCCGAGCUCUGAGGAUAUAGCAUUGAAAACCAUCUGAGUUUUGCAGCCACUGUUUAUAACCUUACAACUUUUUCUAUGAACAAAGCUAAAUACAUUGUUCACUUGUAUUGUCAUGACAAUAAUUGUCAUUGGUUUCAUGAGGAAUCUUGAAGCAUUAUUCACAAUAAUAGAUAAUGAAGUCGACAGACUCUAGUAGCAUUAACAUGGAUAAAAACUAUUACCAUAUGAUCAUACCUAAUAAACUUUGCAGUUACUGCGCUGUGUCUAAUUAACGUGGGUCUCUUCUUCGGCUAGCCUAUAGUACUUAGUACUAACGGUACCACGUAUGCCAUGCGAACGCACGGUAAAUUUAAAGUGCAAAUUCAGUAUUGGCGCCCCACGUAGGCAGUCUAACACGGCAUUUGAUUGGAUGCGCGGUACAUUCUUUCUCCGACCAAUAAGAAUGUGAUUUUGCACCAAUCACAAGCCGUCAUUCAUAUCCAAUUGGAACUAACGUUCGACAUUUCAUUUUGCUGUCAUUAAUUAAAUGUCUUUGUUUUCUCCCACAUAUAUUACAAGGGUUCUCUUAAAUUAUUAGGCGAUUGAGGAAAGUUCAAUGAGCAGCAGAACCGUAUUUUAAUACAUGUAUCUGUGAUGCAAGAACCCACACGCAGAAAGGUCUAGUCUUCAUUGUAUCUCACGUAUUCGAGCAGAUUCAAUAUACGUACAUCACGUACGUAUACGAGCAGCGCAGUAUAUGAUGGGAGGAUUUCAAGUAACAAUCGUCAUUGCAAAUGGCGACAAGAAGCGGCCAAACGUUUCCUUUUGGCGUGGGGUUUUUGUCACAGUUGGAGAAGGCCCAAACCAAAUUGUUUGAACCACUCUUAACACAAGUAUUAAAAUAUACGUGUGAGGAAUUAGUAACACA